GUCUAAUCACCCUGCAUGAUUCAGUGGAACGCUUGGUUAAGAUUCAUACAAACUAAGAGAUUGCAUCUAGGCAGGAUAGUUUCUUGUGAAUGAGCAAGACUCAUUUGGAAGGGGAAGGGAAAUGGAAGCAAAGUUCUUUCGGUUCUUGAAGAUUGUCGGGGUUGGAUACAAAGCGAGAGCCGAGGGGGCAGGGCGGCUCUUGUACCUGAAACUGGGAUAUAGCCACGAAGUAGAACUGGCAGUCCCUCCGGCCGUAAGGGUUUUCUGUUUCAAGAACAACGUGGUGUGCUGCACCGGCAUCGACAAGCACAGGGUUCACCAGUUUGCGGCCACUGUUCGAAGAACAUAUCAUUUAUGA